GGCGUGGCCAACGGACGCCUCUCAGGCGCCAGCCAAGAUGGCGGCGUCGGCCGUGUUUGGCGGAGGCGGCACCGCCCGCUUCUCCCUGGUGGUCGUCUUCGGGGCCGGGGGCGGCCGCGCUGGGCUCCGCAGGGCGGUGUUGGGGGCCGUCAGAGCCGGGAUCCGCUCUUGGGAUAUCGACCUGACCGCCUGCAACCUGGACCAGCAGCUGAAGCUCUUUGUCUCCCGCCACUCGGCCACCUUCUCGGAUCUUGUGAAAGGUCAGCGCGCCCUCCACCACCGAGGAGACAUCCUGGAAACGCUGGUGUUGCUCAACCCGUCCGACAAGUCCAUCUCUGACGAGCUCCGCAACCUGGUCACUGACCCUUCACGGCACAAGCUGCUGAUCUUUGCCGGACCCUGCAUAGAGGAGACUGGGGAGCUGGUGUUGCAGACAGGCACCUUCUCCUUGCAGGACUUCAUCCAGAUCUUCGCUGACAAAGAGGUUGGGGAGUUCCUCAGCUCUGCAGACCCCUCUGCCAAGUCCAGCCUGACCGUGGUCUGCCCAGACUUCGGGGAAUGGAAGCCUUCCCGGCUGGACCAACACAACCUCCUGGAUUUCAUCGACCUGCACUUCAACCCUGGCUGCCUGCUGCCCGAGAUGGAGGGCCUGCAGGAGUUCAUCGAAUACCUGUCAGAGUCCCUGGAUCCCCCAUCUCCGUUUGACCUCCUGGAGCCCCCCAGCACGGUCGGCUUCCUGAAGCUGUCCCGGCCCUGCUGCUACGUCUUCCCCGGAGGGAGAGGCGACUCUGCUUUCUUCGCGGUCAACGGCUUCAAUGUCUUGGUCAACGGCGGCUCCAACCCCCAGUCGUCCUUCUGGAAGUUGGUGCGUCACCUGGACCGGAUUGACGCCAUCUUGGUGACCCACCCUGGGACCGACAGCUUGCCCGGGGUGAACAGCCUGCUGCAGAGAAAGCUGGCCGAAACAGAGGAAGACCCCUCCUCCUCGCAGGGCUCCCAGAACGACGACUGGGUGAAGAACCUCAUCUCGCCGGAGCUGGGCGUCGUCUUCCUCAACGCCUCGGAGAGGCUGAAGGCCAUCGAAGGAGACUCCAGCGUGCUGAAGAGCUGCGACGAGGCCAGCUUGACUCUGCAGUACCUGGAGAAGCUGGGCGUUAAGCCCCGUCCGCUCUGCAGGGACGUUGGCCCGAAGGCAGAGCCCACCAUCCUCUUCCAGAAGAUGGGCGUUGGGCGCUUGGACAUGUACAUACUUAACCCGGUGAAAGGGAGCAAAGAGCUGGAGUUCUUGAUGCAGGAUUGGUGUGGGAACGGAUACCCCAAAGGGCUGGAGCUGCCCCUUCAGUGCCUGACCUCCAUCUGCGCCCUCCUGGUCUGGCACCCGGUCAGCCCCAUGGAGAAGAUCGUUCGGGUCUUGUUCCCAGGCUGCACGCCCCAGAGCAAGAUCUUGGAGGGGCUGGAGAAAGUCAAGCACUUGGCAUUCCUGAGGCAUCCGGUUGUCACUCAGAAGGACUUGGAGUCUUCCUCCUCCUCCUCGACUACUGCCACCCCUCAAACGAAGCAGAAGAGGGUCGGGAGCCAGGAGAGUCUCAGGUCUAGCUCUAGGCAGAGCCUCACGGAGCCAAGCAUGCCUGUUUUCAAGGAGAGGAGGGAGCUGAAGCCGGCCAGCGCCAGGGACCGGCCCAAAGCGCCCAGUGAGACCUCAAAGGGCAGCGUGGAGGAAGAGAGGACCAAAGAGGCCCGGUCUAAGGUGGAAUCAUCCUCCGCUGAGAUGCCCAAGCAGGACGUGCGGCCCAAGCAGUCGAAGGAGAAGCCAGUGGCCAAGAAGGACAUGAAGAAGGUGCUGCCGAAGGAUGACGCUGCCCAGGGGAAGCUGCUGAAGAGAGAGGGGAAGGCGGAUCCCCCCAGGAGGGAGGUGGGAAAAAAGGAAGAAGCCCAGAAAGAUGGGAAAGUGGAGGAGAAGGCGGCAAAGCUGCCGGUGAGGGACCUGCGGAGGACUGCGAGCGCGGAGGCGAAGAGGCCCCCAACCAGGGUGGGCAGCUUCAAGAAGACUCUUCCCAGCCUCAAGAAAGAGAUGGACAGGCCCAAAAGCAAGGCGUUGAAGGAAGCGGCCCACAAGCUGCCCAGCAGCAGCACCAGGGGAGGAGCAGGUGGCCUUCUGGAUGGGUCUAAGUUAUUGCCAGAGAAUGGGGCGCAGGAGAGGGUGAGGGGGGACUCCCGGCAGGGGGCACCUGGGGCGGAGUUGACUGAUGAAGGCAUCACCACGGCAGACAGCGAGCUGGAGCCCUCGCCACUGGAAAGUGUGGGUUGCCACAGGAAUGGCAUGGAGCCCACCCAGAAUGGCAGCCUGGGCAUGGGGGCUGAUCCAGAGAGCCCCCAGCCUUUCCGGUACCUGGAAGCCAGCUCCCCACUCAAAGGCUUCGGCCCCCCGUCCCCAUUGGCCAAAACUCCCAAGAGUGACCGGAGCGCCAUCUUCGAACUAGCCCCCAUGGACCUCCACACAGGAGGGCUCAACCACUGCCCUGAUGCCGAGGAAGCUUGUGGCAGCUCCGAAGAGAAGACCCUCGAAAUGAUGUCCUCCUCCAGCUCUGCCCCGGCCAGCGCAGGCCACACCCCCUUCCACCAGUCCCCCGCCGAGGACAUUGUCAUGGCCGAGGAGCCGGCAGCCGUGGCUAAUGCCUGGAGACCUGACAGUUCUGGCACCGGGGCUCGGCCGUCGCGGGAUAACUCCAGCUCUUCCCAAGAGAGGCCGUCGAGGGGGCUUUCCCCCAGUCUCUUCCGGGAUGACGCUCCGGACGUGUCGCCCACCAUCACCACUCCCUCCUUGCCAGCCGAGGUGGGGUCUCCUCACUCCACCGAGGUGGACGAGUCGCUCUCCAUGUCCUUUGAGCAGGUUCUGCCGCCCGUGAGUGAGUUCCAGGAGGACGUGGAUGGCCUCGGGGCGGGGGGCCUCACCCCAGAGCCGGAGGCUGCGGUUGGCAAAGGCGGGAUGUCCCUGCCUGUCCGGCCCUGCCACCCCAACCCACAGCGGUUGGAUGGCCACGUCUUCCCCAGCUGUGGCCGCCGUUCCGACUCCCCGCAUGACGUUGAUCUCUGCCUGGUGUCGCCGUGCGAGUUCGAGCACCCCAAGUCCGAGCGGUCUCCUUCGGUCAACUUCAGCCCCCGGGAGAUGUCCAACAGCAGCGACUUCUCCCAAGAGCUGGCCAAGCCCUUGGGUCACAGGAAGGCCCCCCGGGGCCGCAAGCCGCACCCACUUGUGGAUGAGACCCCACCUACGUCCUUCAGCGAGUCGCUGCCCACCCUCUCGGACUCUGACAUCCCGCCCGCCACAGAGGAGUGCCCUUCCAUCACGGCCGAUGGCGGGCUGGACUCGGACGACGACCCUGAGAGCCUGGCUCGGGCCCGUGACCCUCUCCCGACCCCCCUGAAGGACCCCCGCCCCCUACCUGCCCAGCCAGGCAUUUGCAUGGUGGACCCCGAGAGAGAAGGGGCGGCCAAGGUCAAGAGGACGCCUACGCGGGUGGGCUCCGCGCCUCCCAAAGCAGACACCUCCAAAGCCACCACUCCAAGCAGCAGGGCUGCCAAGCCUUCUUCGGCCAGUUUGGGGGAGAGAGCCCGGGGGCCCCCCCUUGGCAAAAGCGAUCCCUCAGCCUCCCGCGCUAGUGGGGAUAACCGAGUGGGCUCCUGGCAACGGGGAACAAGCAGCAGGCCACCCUUGGGAGCAGGCAGAGUGUCUCCGGCAGGCACCAGGGCUGCCCCUCCGCACGCCCCCGUCUACUUGGAGCUGGCCUACAUCCCCGGCUCCUCGAGUGCCCAGCGAGUGGACGAGGACUUCUUCCGCCACGUUCGGUCCCACUGCUACGUCAUCAGUGGCGAGGACCACAUCAAAGAAGGCGUCAUGAGGGGCAUUUUGGACGCGCUGUUGGCGGGGAAACACCACUGGCCGCCGGACACUCAGGUGACCUUGAUCCCAACCUUUGACUCGCUGGUCAUGCACGAGUGGUACACGGAGACGCUGGAGCGGCAGCAGGAGCUGGGCGUCACCGUCCUCGGGAGCAACAGCACAGUGGCCAUGCAGGACGAGACCUUCCCAGCCUGCAAAGUGGAGUUCUGAGUUGGGGCCGGCAUCCGUUCCUGAGCCGGGCGGCGCUUUGGACCAGGCAGAAGUUCCCCCCACCCCGGUCCUCUCUCCCUUGGCCCGCUGGCGAAGGGAGAGGCUUCCCUCUUUGGGGCGCGCCCCCCUGCAGAUGCAUCUCAGCGCUUGACAGGGGCGGCGGACAGAGGGCAGGUGAGGGCUGGGGACCUUUUUCUUUCCUUUCCACCCCCCCUUUCCAAAGGCCCUCCAGCAAACAGCACCCACUCUCUGCCCGAUUUGUCUGCAUGCUCACUCUGGCCAAGCGCUGAGAGGGAGGUAGCUAGCGGAUUUUUUUGGGGGGGGGAGGUGGCUGGGUUUGGAGUUUGGCAGUCGCUUGGCCAAGCUCUCCUGACAGGCAGAAAGCAGGUCCUCCUGCCCUUGGCUCCAGGGCCAGGCAGGUGGCGCUGUGGCCUCUUCCUGCACUUUCAGCUGUUGAUGUUCUGCAAGGGAGACUCAUGACCUUCCUAACUGUAACCAGGAUGCAGGGCUGGAAUGUGUGGGGGGGGAGGGACGUGUGAGUUUUGCUGCCGACCCUUGCCAGAAGGGGUUAGGUGGAGCGGCUCCCAGAUGACCGCUCGUUUGGAAGGGGUGCUCUGCCAUGUUGCCGUUCCCUCCAGCUCACAUCUCCCAUCAUUUCUCUGUAGGGCUUUUUAAUUGUUGUUGUUAUUAUUUUAAGUGAAACAAGGUCUUUUGGUGUGGGGCCAGGCCACAUCACGGAGCAGGAGGCCGUGUGGCUUGUUUUGAGAGAGGGCCUUGGUUGCCACCCGUUCCGGAUCCUAAUGGGGAGUGUUUUUCCCCAGCUUGGGACGCCAGGCCUUCUGCAGAUUUUCUGCACCUCUCAGCCUCCCCAAAGGCAGCCCCUCCUUCCUUUAAAAAGUUCCCAGGAAGCUUCAACAGCUGGGCAUCUUUUCCCCGCAAACCCCCUUGUGGAUGCCAGCUGUGUCCUUCCUUUGUCCGCUGGAAUUGAAAGGAAGGCAGCCUCUGCUGGUGCGAGGCAGAAGCCCCAUUCUGGAGGUGACCAUCGUCGCUGUCGGAAGGGUCUGCCUGCCUGCUUGCAUUUCUGUGGAUCUCCCCUAAUCUUAGGCUCUCCAUCUAAACUCCCGGCCCCAGUGGUUUAACUGCCUUUUAAAUCCGGCCUGUCCCGCAGAUGUUUAGGGCCUGGAGCUUUAACAUCUUCUCUGGAGGGUUCAGAGCAAAACGCCACGUGGAACUAACCUCUUGGAGUUCACACGCUACCUUUUACCCCCUGCCUCUUCCAAACAACACACUCCCCAGAUUUUCUUCUACCUCUUUAUGUUGAAAGCCAGCUCUGUGUGUGCGUGCAUUUUGUUUUUCCUCUGUAUGUUUUAAUCCUCGAAGACUACUCUGUGAAAUCCAGCCAAAGCCCCCCCCCAAUCCCCUCUGAAAAAAAUCCUCCCUUCUGGUUGUUCCCCUCUGUUCCCCCUGAUGUUUUUUGAGGGGGGGCUUCCCUUAAUAUUUGAAGGAACGCUGGGGGAAGCCCCCCUUGCAAUGUGACACUAAACUUUUUUUUUUAAGGAAGGAAAAGCUGAGGGGGAUUUCCCUUAAAAGUGAAUUUUGUAUUUUUUUCUAAAAAAAAAAAAAAAAAGGAAAAAGAGAAACUGUUAAUGUAUUGAAGGUUUGUUUUUCUUUUAAUUUAUAGAAUCGCCUGUUAGGGGGUGGUUAUUUAUCCCAGCUAGGCAGAGCAACCGGACGGAAGGGGUACGGCAUGAUGACAUUGCCGCCAUCCCGUCCCCCUUGUGAUCAUCCCACCUGCCUGAUUGGGACCGGCCCUCUGUUUAAAUACUUGUGUGAUGCGUGUUUUAGAGCAGGCUUUCCCCAACUCGGCACCCCCCCCUCGUGUUUUGGAGUGCAGCUCCAACCAGUCCUCAGCCACCAGCCUUUCUGCAUGACGGCCGGGCUCCCGUUAGCCCCGCUGUGCUGGCUGGGGUGAUGGGAAUUGCGGGCCAAAAUAUCUGGAGGGCGCAAGGUUGGCAAAGUCUGGUUUAGAAAAAGUUUUUAUGUGUGGGAGGCGGGGGGGGUAACCUGGGAAUGUUUUUGCCACCUUUAGUGCUUUAUAUACCUGUUUUCAAGAGCCAGCAGGUUAACAGUGGAAGAGGUGGCUGACCCCCACCCCUCGUUGCAGGAGGCUGAGCCCUUGUCUUUGUGCGCUCGGGCUCUCUGCCACCCCAAACUGUAGGGGGAAAACAGAAGUUGUGUUGUUGUAGCCGUUGACACACUUAAAACUGUGCGACACACUCGUUGCGUGCAUAUCCACAUCCACACACACAUAUAUAUGAAUGCAAACACUGUGUUGAAACCUAUUGGGAAAUAAAACCAUUAAAAGAGAUAA